GCAGGUUUGCUUUUAUCUACUGCUUGUACUCAGCGUCGCCAAAGGCUGCACGCUGAAAGACCUUGGGCAGCAAGAAGAAAUGACUGCAUACACAGGAGGGUCAGUCCUGCUGCCCUGCUACUGCACUGACCUACAUACCAAACCUGAAGGAUUCAUCUGGGAAAGAGACAUCACAAACAGAGACACAUGGGAAGAGAUAUCCAGUGAGAGUGGUCAGUACAGAGACAGAUUUCAGCUGGUUAAUGGUCACUCUCCAGGAAAUCUCUCUCUACUCAUAUCACACCUGACUGAAGAGGAUGGAGGAGUGUACAGGUGUAAUGCUAAAGAAAAAGGACACGUCUUCAUCAAACUCACUGUUAAAGGCUGCAUUCUGGAAAAAGGUUCAGAAAUGCUGUCUAUCACUGCUCAUACAGGAGGGUCAGUACUGCUGCCCUGCUACUGCACUGACCUACACACCACACCUGAGACAUUCACCUGGAAGAAAUUUGACACAAACAGAAGCACAUGGCAAGAGAUAUCCAAUGAGAGUGGUCAGUACAGUACCAGAGUUCAGCUGUUUAAUGGUCACUCUCCAGGAAAUCUCUCUCUACUCAUAUCACACCUGACUGAAAAGGAUGGAGGAGAUUACAGUUGUAGGGUUAUGAAUAAUGGAUCCAAGUACAUCAGACUCACUGUUGAAGCUGCAUCCAGUCCAUCAGACAUUGAUUCGAAGUUCUUCAUUUAUGCUGCUGUGGGGGGCUCAUUGCUGUUGAUGGUCCUCGGUGGGGUCAUCUACUGGAGACACAGAGCUCAGAGACGAGGACAGAUGGAGGGCUGUGAGAGGAAACCAGACCUGAGAAGAGAUCAGGAGAUACAGACCGAUUGUGAGGUGCUGUACGCUACUGUAAAUAAACAGAACAAAUGCAACAAAGUUCAAGAAACAGAUGAUGUGACGUACUCUGCUGUAGUCCACAGCAACGCAUCAGCACCAGCAGACAAACUGAUGGACACUGAAGAUACUGCUGAAUACGCCAAACUGAACUAACACACACAAACACACACACACACACACACACACACACACACACACACACAGAUUUGUUGACUUUGCUGAACAUCGACUGGAUGUUGCAGUUGUUGUGGUCAGUUUCAUUACCUUUCUCCUCACUGUGUUACUUCUGUGUCCUCCUCCCUUUUGUAUUUUAUAUAUUGAGAUUAUUUUGUUUGUUUUACCUUUUAGACUUGUUAGAAACUGUAUCUCACCUUUAAGUAAGAUGUGGCCUAAAACGGCCACAAACAGUUUAUUAAGUAGCUUCCUCCUACUUGGUGAAACGUUAAGAAUUUUGAUGGUAUUGAUGGUAUUUGAUGAUAUUCGAAAGCCUUUGUAGUGCUGAAGUUAAAGGUUAAAGCUGUGUAACUUGAACAAAAGCAUUCACAGUCACAUGCAAAAGUUUGAGCACUCUUCAAUACAUUUUGUUUAGUUGAUUUUCUUAUUGAAAUUAAUACAUUCUCUACAGAGAACACACACCUACAUGUUUUAUCACACAAUUACUCUUUAGUGCUGAAUCCAACAUAAUGGAAAAUAAGUACCCAACUGUGAACUGUUUUUGGACAUAAUAUGUAAAUGUAAAUGUCUGUCUGCUCUGGGCAGCUGGAAUCUGUUUUCUUCUAGUUUUGUGUAUGUCUUUGUUUUACAGUGUUUAUAAUUGAUUUUGAUUGAUUUUGAUAUCAUAUUUUUUUUUCGGGGGUCUAAUUUAUUUUCCUUAAUAAGUCGAUAACAACAGCUGUAAAGGAUUGUGUGGUUUCUGUUUAUACCUGCUGAGAAUGAUACAGGCUAGUGUGAUGUGGUCUUACCAACCUGGCCUCAUGGGAUAUACGUACCUCUGACCACUUUUUCACAGAGCCACGAAUACGUACCCUCAAGUACAUUUUGCUGCACUUUUGAGAAACAAAUGUCCACUGGGGGUGCUAUAGAGAAGCUUUUACUUUAAUGUAACAUUGCGAUAAUUUUGCCUUUGAAAACGACUGUAUUUGAUGUGUUUAUUAAUUUUUAAGCUGUCAGUCAUCAGCGCUGUUUUAAUGAUAAAAUGUAGAAUAAUUUCAGAGCACCUGUGAUGUCUGCCGGCUCAUGAGUGGGCAAAGCAGGUAGCUAAUGCCACCUAUAACACAGCAUUAGGUACGUAGCUUUAGCUAUAGCUGGGGCUUUUCUCCUAUAACAUUAGUUUGGUGUAUAUAGCAGAUUGUGUAAUUGCUGGCUACCAAGCAGAGGUUCCCACAACCUUUUGCCUGAAGAUAUAAGGGGGACGGGGGUUCUGUCUACUGAUUUAGGGGCAAUUUAUCUAGCCUCCUUCAAUUAACAUGUCCUUUACUGCUUGCAUAUGGAAAAUAAACCUUAAAGGCAUAAAAGACACCACACAGACCCAAGCAUGUCAUUUUGAGUACCAUGUCAAAACGUUACUGACCCCCCUGAAUUCUUCUGUUUUCAUGUAUUUAUCACAGUUAAAUAAACACAAAAUGUAAUUUUUAAA